AUGGUUAAACACCAGCCGCUGCAGUACUAUGAGCCGCAGCUAUGUUUGUCUUGUCUGACGGGGAUCUACGGCUGCCGCUGGAAACGGUAUCAGCGGUCACAUGAUGACACCACCAAGUGGGAGCGCCUCUGGUUCCUCAUCCUCACCUCGUCCUUCUUCCUGACCCUGGUCUGGUUUUACUUCUGGUGGGAAGUUCACAACGACUACAAUGAAAUCAACUGGUUUUUAUAUAACCAAAUGGGAUAUUGGAGUGACUGGUCCAUUCCAAUACUUGUAACAACUGCUGCUGGCUUUACGUACGUUACAGUGUUACUGAUACUAGCACUAUGUCACAUAGCUGUGGGACAGCAAAUGAACCUGCACUGGCUUCACAAGAUUGGCCUGAUGACAACCUUGAUAACUACCGUGGUGACCAUGUCAUCGAUAGCACAGCUUUGGGACGACGAAUGGGAGAUGGUAUUUAUUUCACUGCAAGCCACAGCCCCUUUCUUGCACAUAGGAGCACUUGCGGUGGUCACGGCCCUGUCGUGGUUGAUAGCGGGGCAGUUUGCACGAACGGAGAAAGCCACUUCUCAGAUGCUGAUGUUCACUGCAUACCUCGCAGUUGUAGUUGCACUUUACCUCGUCCCCCUCACCAUCUCGUCCCCUUGCAUAAUGGAGAAGAAGGCUCUGGGACCAAAGCCAGCCAUUAUAGGUCACCGCGGAGCACCGAUGUUGGCACCAGAAAACACUCUGAUGUCCUUCCAGAAGGCAGUGGAGCAGAAGAUGUAUGGAGUCCAAGCUGAUGUCGUACUGAGCUAUGAUGGAGUACCGUUUCUGAUGCAUGACAAGACACUCAGGAGAACAACAAACGUGGAGGAAUUGUUUCCAGAACGGGCCUACGAGCACUCCUCUAUGUUCAACUGGACCGACCUCGAAAAGCUCAAUGCUGGAGAGUGGUUCCUACAGAAUGACCCUUUCUGGACGGCCGGGUCUCUUUCAAGGUCUGACUACUUGGAAGCUGCCAACCAGUCAGUCUGCAAGCUGGCAGAUAUGCUAGAGGUGAUCAAGGACAACACAUCGCUCAUCCUGAACUUCCAGGACCUGCCACCAGCUCAUCCUUACUACAGCACUUACAUCAACAUCACUCUGGAAACCAUCCUGGCAUCGGGAAUUCAGCAACAGGCUGUGAUGUGGCUACCGGACAUGGAGAGGCAGCUGGUCAGACAGAUUGCGCCGGGUUUCCAGCAGACUUCUGGCCUCAAGCUGGAUGCAGAGCGCAUGAGAGAGAAGGGCAUUGUGAAGCUGAACCUGCGUUACACCAAGGUCACGAACGAGGAUGUCAGGGACUACACCGUGGCGAACCUGAGUGUGAAUCUCUACACUGUGAACGAGCCCUGGCUAUACUCCAUCCUGUGGUGCGCCGGCGUCCAGUCGGUCACCUCCGACAGCUCCCACGUCCUUCGCAAGGUGCCUUUUCCCAUCUGGCUAAUGCCUCCAGACGAGUACCACCUAAUCUGGAUCACGUCUGAUCUCAUUUCAUUUAUCGUAAUUGUAGGAGUUUUUAUAUUCCAGAAGUGGCGCCUAGGAAGCAUCAGGACCUACAACCCGGAGCAGAUCAUGCUCAGCGCUGCUGUCCGCCGGUCCAGCCGGGACGUCAAGAUCAUGAAGGAGAAACUGAUCUUCUCAGAGAUCAACAACGGUGUGGAGACCACGGACGAGCUGUCUCUCUGCUCCGAGAACGGCUAUGCCAACGAGAUGGUCACCCCCACGGAUCAUCGGGACACCAAGCUGCGGAUGAACUGAGGGGCUCCGUUCCA